UUGGUUACAUUUUUUUGUAAUUUACAAUCUCUUAAUUCUUUCUGGAUUUCCUAGCAGUAUUUCACACACGAAAGCUACUUCAAUAUUUGGCUUAAGAGUUUUUGAACACAUUCUAUUUUAAUUUAAAAUCACAACAUGGAAAGUCAUACCAAGGAGUUUAGUAACCCAGAUAAUCUUCCUUCUGAGAGUCUUACAUUACUUGUAUCAGAUGCAGGUGUUGUAAGAAAUGUUAAUGCCAUAGACCCAUAUUGGGUAGAUAAAAAGGAUUUAAUAUUCUAUGAAAGGCCUCCAUCAGGCAGUGAACGAGUAUUUGGUGCUAUUGACAACUGGAAAUCAAAAAUGGAACCAUAUUUAGAAUAUUUACAAGCACUACUACAAAUGGAGCAUCACAGAUUUUGGAGUACAAUAAUAUACCACAAACAGUGUAUGGACACAUUAAUAUCAUUCCUUCAAGAAGCAGAUCCACCUUAUGUCCCACCACACGAAAAUCCAGAUGUACAGAAGCUGUAUGAGGAAAUACGAAAACACAUACUAAUAGUGUUUAGUAGACUUGUUACUAAUAAAGAAAGUAAGUCGCGAUGGUUAACUAAAGAGUACAUGGGUGAGAUAAUGUACGAGAGGUUCAUAUUCACCGUCCCCGUGCUGUGGGAUAUCUGUCUUACGUACGGCUGCGACAACCCCCGGCACGUGUCGAGGCUGCUGCAGACGGUGUUUGAGCUGCAGCCGCAGUAUAGGGCAGAUGUGAUGCAUGCGCUGGCGUUUGUUAAGGAGGCUUUCAAAUACAUAAUACUACAAGUUAACAAAACAUAUGAGAGUGAAGAACCGCCUAACUUGCCAGAAACAUUCAAAGGAUUCGGAGAAAUAAAGCGACCGACAGACUCAAAGACUGAGACAAUAUCGUUCAGGACUCUCAGAGAUCUAGUACUACACUUACUAGACACGGCUAUGACGUUGAGAUUAUUCGUAGAAGUUUAUCCGGAGAGUGUGGAACUGUUUAAGAAAACUCAUUUUGUGUUAAGUAUAGUCCAACUCUACGAGUACGGUAUACCAAAUCUCUGCACCACCCUCCAGGCAGUUGGUGACAAAACAAGCAUACAGUAUACCGAAGUGGAAGGCUACAUCGAGCUAGCCAGAGCUGAACUCAUAGACUUGUUUAAGGAGAUACUAGCGGUGUACAAGAAUGCUAUAUUUAGUGGGGAAGGUAACAUAUCGACAACAGUAGAGUCAUACCUAUCUGCGAUGUUGGAGGCGCUGUCGGAGCGUCUGUUCGUGGCGGACUACCACGCCUGCUGGCCCGUCACCGACGACAUUGACAUGCUGAAACAGGCCUACCCUGAUAUUGAUCCCGUGAAGACUGAUUUUAUAUUGCAAGCGAUAUAUUCGAAUAUCGACGAACCGGUACCAGAGGAGACCAUAGCCAAUACAAACCCGGUACCGAACGGCCAUGUUGAGACCAUAGACAAUCCGGGACCUUCCAAAGACAACGAGAUACCAGAUAAUAUUAAAGAGGAGUCGCUCAUAAGUGAAGUGAAGGAUAUUCUGCCACAUUUAGGCGAUGGAUUCAUAUUGAAAUGCUUGAAACACUACGGCUUCAAUGCUGAAAGAGUUAUCAAUAGUGUGCUGGAAGAUACGUUGGCUGAUUCUCUUAGAGCACUCGACAGAAAUCUACCCAUAGUACCUGAAGAUCCUUUAGACAAUCAUUUCCUAGAGACCGGGGUACAGAGACUGAAUGUGUUCGACGGCGACGAAUUCGACAUUAUGACGAGAGACGACGUGGAUCUGACCAAGAUACACGUUGGCAAACGACGGGAUAAAUACAAGAAUGUCAGUCAGCUGUUAGACGAUAAGUCAGAGGUGAAGAGCAGGAUAGAUAUAUACAGUAAAUAUAACCUCGUGUGCGACGACGCGGCGAUGUACUCGGACGAGUACGACGACACAUACGACAGCGACGGAGCAGAGCCUCCCUCAGCCACUGCUGACCCCGACGAGGUGCGGCGGCCGUUCGUCACGCCGAGAGCUCUGGCGCAGUAUAAUAGACGGGAGGAAUCCGACGAAGAGUCAUCAGAGGAGGAGGCACCAAAGGCGGAGACAAGCCGGAACAGGAUGAACUUCUGCACCAACCCCGAGGAGCUACGCGCGCGCAGGGCGGCGGCCUACAGACCGCGGGGACACGCCCCCAGGCCGCAGCAACCCAGCCGGGACGUUAUCGGCAAGCCUAAAGGCCAGGGUCAGGAGAAGGAUGUGCUGGCCAACCGCGACAAGAAGGAGAAGCACAAGAGCUCCCGCGCCAACCACAACCGCCGCCAGGGAGCGCAGUGGAAGCGCAGCCAGGGGAUGAUGCCCUCGUAGGGCUACGUUGAUUGUUUAUGCGUUACUGCUUUAUGAUAGCUCAUUAAGGGGGCGAAUAAACCAAAAUAGAUAAUUUUAUAAUUCACUGUUAUACUUGAUAAUAAGCUGCUAAACGAAUUGAAGACGUGAGUUGAAGAGCACGAUAUCAUUUUUCCCUUAUA